AUGGCGGCCGCGAACCAAAAGGACGCUGCGGUGCAGCCGUACGGAUACGGCGAUUUUUCGGGCUUGCACCAGCCGGCUACCCGAUCCAUGGAAGGGAUUACAAAGCUCGCAUCGAAAAUAGAUGAUUUCAAGCAGCUCAGACUCGUACCAGACGUCCGAUCGGCUAUUGUUAAGGAACUCACCACCAACAGCGUGUGCCGCGAUAUCAACAGCAACCACCUCAAGCCAACGGAGAUACAGGCGGCAGCAAUCAAGAUCAUGCAGGAAAAGCGCAGGAACCCGGAGGAGCUCAGGACGUUUGUGUUGUCGGCGGAAACUGGGUCGGGGAAGACGUGGGCGUACCUCGCGCCGAUGCUCUCUAAGUUGAAGGAGGAUGAGUUGGCUGCUGGCUGGGAUAUAAUCAAAGACAAACAGCAGAUCCGGGCGGUGGUUUUGGUCCCGACACAUGAGUUGCUCACCCAGGUUUACGGUACUCUCGCGGCGGUCAGUGAAGAUUUGGGCCUCAACGUCUUCAAGUGGGGCGGUGGCACCCCAUACAACGAGUUGUUUGACAAGCUCGAGCACCGAAUUGAUGUCAUGGUGACUACGCCGAACAAACUCAAGACGAUCACCACCUUGAGACGGCUCAACUCGCCGCUGAAGUUGUUCCAGCAGGUAAAGUACAUCGCGGUGGAUGAGGCCGAUACGUUGAUGGACAAAUCCUGGGUCGAGGAUACGUACGACUGCAUCCAGUUGUGUCCGAACACGACCGAUUUGGUGUUUGUGAGUGCGACCAUCCCGAGGGAGUUCAACAGGACCGUGGAAAAGUUGUUCCCCGUGGCGACUCCGAUCGCCACUGCGAAGAUCCACAAGAUCCCAAAGUCCAUUGACUUCAAGGUCAUCGAUGCCGCCGCCGCGCCAUACAAGGGUUCGCGAAACAAGGCGUUGGCGCAGAUUUUGUACGCCAUCCACAAGGACGGGACCGAGCAGGGGUUUGAAAAGCGGGUGCUUAUCUUUGUGAACGAAAAGAAGGACAUUGAGAAGUUGGGCGAGUUGUUGGUGGAGACGUACGGCCAUGAUGUGACGACUAUUAUGGGCGGCCGUGAUGGUGAUUCGGCAGACACCAGAGGUGAGAAGAUUGCGUUGUUCUUGAACCCACCUAGACGAUUGGAAGAUAUCGGUGAGACAGGCGAGAUUCAGUCGCAGUUGAAGGUGUUGGUGACAACGGAUGUGCUCGCGAGGGGGUUGAACUUCCACGGGAUUAAGAACGUGGUUUUGUACCAUGUGCCAAACACGUCAAUUGAUUUGGUCCAUAGGGCGGGGAGAACCGGAAGGAUGAACACGAAGGGGAGGGUGUUUAUGAUUGUGAAUAACCAGGAUAAAGGCUGGGUGAAGGGUCUUCCGGCGGUGGUGAAGAAGCAGAUUCCGCUUGCCUAG